AUGGACCCACCGAGAGGGAAUUAUGUUGCCAUCCAGAUUCACACAUCCUUUGCAAAUGGACUUAUAAGUCUACCUCCCUCAGUGGCUGAUGCGCGCCGAACGCUGUUCGAGAGGAUGCCAAAAUCUCCCAAUAGACCAUUCUAUAUUAACGAAUGCGAUGUGUCUCAGAACGUAUUUGCUACGUACGGCCGAUAUAAAGAGCUGAAACGGACGUAUGCCAAGUAUGAUCCAACCCGGUAA